GGGAAGAUAGAGGCAUAAUAACAUGAAGUUAACAAGUGAUAACAUGUAUGGAUCGGAGGCAGCAGCGAGACUAAAACUAAAAUAUAUUCAUCGAAGUCAUAACAUUUUCCUAUAAUUUAACAAUGGGCACAGAAUAAUUCAAAACUGAGAAGCCAAAACUGCAUUUUUAUCUUAUGAAUGGACUGAGGACUCCUGUACGGAAGGCGGCAGGAUUGCAACUCAUGAAUGUCAGUUGCUGUCUGACAAUACAUUUCACAGUAGAAGAAGAAGGGAUUGUAAGCGCCCAAUCGCGGCGCGUAAACUGAAACGUCUCCGUUGUUGUCAGCAACCGGGUGACAAUUCACCGAGUUUGUUAUUGGGGUAGCUAAUUCAUCGUUUCUUCAUUCUUCUCAGACAUAAUACUAUACGGAAGCAAAUAACAAUACACACAAGUGUAUCAAAAGACGAUAACGUUUGCUAAGUAACAACUAUUUUACUGAGCUUCUUCAAAUACAAUCCAAGGAUGACUUCUGCACUGGAUGACCCAACCCUAGAGAGACACUUUAAGGGCCACAGAGACACCGUAACAAGUGUUGACUUCAACUGCAACAUGAAGCAAAUAGUCACGGGAUCUAUGGACUCCUGCCUGAUGGUCUGGAACAUGAAGCCACAGAUGAGAGCUUACAGAUUUGUUGGACAUAAAGAUGCUGUAAUGUCUGUUCAGUUUUCCCCCUCUGGUCACCUUGUAGCAUCGGCAUCUAGAGACAAAACCGUCCGUCUCUGGGUCCCCAGUGUGAAAGGUGAGUCGACAGUGUUCAAGGCUCACACGGGGACCGUCCGCAGUGUAAACUUCUCCAGCGACGGCCAGACUCUGGUCACAGCCUCAGACGACAAAACUCUCAAAGUGUGGACCGUCCACAGACAGAAGUUCCUUUUCUCUCUCAGCCAGCACAUCAACUGGGUGCGAUGCGCCAAAUUUUCCCCGGACGGACGGUUAAUUGUGUCGGCCAGUGACGACAGAACCAUCAAGCUCUGGGACAAAACCAGCCGCGAGUGCAUCCACUCUUUCUACGAGCACGGAGGGUAUGUGACCCACGCAGACUUCCACCCCAGUGGGACCUGCGUCGCUGCAGCCAGCACGGACAACACAGUCAAAGUCUGGGACAUUCGGACCAACAAGCUCCUGCAGCACUAUCAAGUUCACAGCGCUGUGGUGAAUGGGCUAUCCUUCCAUCCGUCUGGCAACUACGUCAUCACGGCCUCCAAUGACUCCACCCUGAAGAUACUGGACCUGGUGGAAGGGAAACUUCUGUACACCCUGCACGGACAUCAGGGUCCUGCUACCUGUGUGUCUUUCUCCAGGACCGGAGACUUCUUUGCCUCCGGGGGAUCUGAUGAGCAGGUGAUGGUGUGGAAGACUCAGUUCGACUCGGCCGACUACGGGGAGGUGCUGCCGCAGCAGCUGGCCUCCGCCUCCUCCGAGGUGGGGGCGGGGGGGGGCGCCUUUCCCGGAGACUCCCGCGGCAUGCUCCGGAGCCAGCCUGCUGAGCCGGGUAGCGACCUGGUGUCUCACCAGAGCUCUGGGCCUGACCUGAGGAGUCGCAGUGGGGGCCACAGCAGAACCUCCAGAGGGCCCAGCGCUCGCUCCUCCUCCACCCAGCAGAUGCAGCCCCUGGGUCAGCCCCAGCACCAACCCCAGCCCCAGGCUGAGCCCCAGGCUGAGGCCCGGUGGGCUCCCUCAGGUGGUGGGAUACCUCCUGCUUUGGCCAACACCCUGGAACAAAUAGUGGGUCAGCUGGAUGUUCUCACUCAGACUGUGGCCAUUCUGGAACAGAGGCUGACACUGACGGAGGACAAGCUAAAGGAGUGUAUUGACAACCAGCUGAGCAUCAGCCUGCAGCUCCACCAGCAGCAUCAGCAGCUGCCCCAGGCCUGAACCCCCCCGCUCUGGGCCCAGUGGCCUCCCCCUGCCUCUCCUCCCCUGGGUCUCCCCUCCAUCUCCCACCUGGGCCGGCUCACGGGAGGAAGAGGAAGACGCAGGGAACUCAGCCGCCGGGCCCCCUCACACGGCUCGGUUCGAAAGUGUGGGGAAGUGAGGCUGAGAGGAAAGGAAAUGAGGAGGGAGACGACAGGAAGAAGAAGCCGCUGUAGACUGUUGGGAUGUGGGCCGUGCACCCGGUCAGCUCCCUCCCUCCUUUUCUAUUCAUCAUCCCAAUGAACUGAACUGACCCUCAGCUGGAUCAACUUCUUCCUUUUCACUCACUCUCUCUGUCCAUUUAUUGCUCUCUUUCUUCCUCUUCCCCUCUCUCUCUCUCUCUC